AUGAACAUAAUCUUCUUGUUGGAUUGCAGUGAGAAGAUGCACAAGGAGAUGAAAUUCAGAGACACCAAGACAGGAAAAGAAGUCUCCGAUACGUAUUUCAACCGGAGCUUGAGGGCAAUAUUCGACCUCUACCGAGACAGAAUUAGAUUCACCGAUAGAGACAUGUUCGGCAUUAUCCUGUUCAACACAAACUCAAAUGAGAACAGUUUGCAAGGUGUGAAAGUUCUGUCGAAGCUGGAUAAGUUGAAUGUUGAAAGGAUCAAGGAACUGAAGGAAUUGCUUGAGCAACCACAAACAGACCGAAAGAAGUGCUCUAGCUCCACCAGUGGGACAAACCACUUGCGAUUUGGCCUGUGGUGUUGCAUGGAGGAGUUCCAGGGCUCCAAAAAGGAUGCUUCAAAAGAAAUCUAUCUCCUCACAUGCGAUUCAAAUCCCUUCCCGGGCUCCUCCAAGAUGGAGAAUGACUGCAUACAGAAAGCAAAGGAUUGCUUGGACAAUAUGACUAAGAUCGAUGUUUUCCCCCUGAGGGACGCCCUGAACGGUGAGGGCGGGAGUGACAACGAAUCGGGCUUCAAGGGUGUCAACUUCUACAGAAAGCUGUCGGUAACAAUUGCUGUCGUGCUGCGAUCUGAAACGGAUGACAGGCUGGAGCUCUUCUUCGACUCCUCCCCAGAGGUUGCGGAGGAAAUUGACUAUCGGCUUUCCGAAAGGACGUUGUGUGAGUUGCAGAGUGAAAUCGAGAAAGGAAUAUCUAUGAGAAGCUUUUCUACCGUCAAUUGGUUCAUCACUUCCUCGUUCGAUGGGGAUGGAAAUCUUCAACGUAAGCCAAAGAACGAUCUAGCCGUGCCAGUCAAGGUGAUUCAUUUGUGCAUUGCAAGCAAGAAUUACAAGAAGUCCAAGGAAAAAUCUUCUCGAGACAACAAAGACAUUGUGAAAACAAGCAGAAUUCUUUCGAAAGAAACUGGAGAAAUCUUGAUGGGAUCUGACAUUGUUCGAUCGAUCGAUGUCGGCCCUGAUCGGGUGAUCUUCACCAAUGAAGAAGUGCAGAGGAUCAGGACGAUGGGGCUACCCAAAGAGAUCCGAUCUUUAGGUUACUGUUUCAUGUCGAAAAGUUUGGUUGAGCAACGUUACAACUAUAAGGGCUCCUACUUUCUCAUCCCCAACGAGAAAGCUGGUAAUGGUACGACCGCAGUGUUCCACAGCUUCAUCGAGGUUAUGAUCAAGGAGGAUGUCGCCUCACUCUGCUACAUCAAGUUGAGGGAGAACGCAGAGCCAAAGCUUGCUGCGUUGCUCCCCCAGCGAGCGAGUGACGUGGAUGACGUCCCGGCCGGCUUCCACGUCGUCUUCCUCCCCUUCAAGGGCAACAUCCGCAAGAUCCCGCCGCAUCCACAAGUUUGCCCAGACAAGGUUGACGAGGGGCUACAGAAUGCUGCCUCCGAGCUCGUCAAGUCCCUCAACUACGAGUCCUUUCCGACGUCCUUCGAGAAUCCGCACAUCGUCAAAUGGAUGACUCACUUGGAGGCCCACGCGCUCGGGACUGAAGCGAACGAAAAGGAAGUGGAGGAGGCGCUGGCGAAGAUCAGACCCGACGAAGCCGCCAUGGGGUCAAAGAAGAUCGUGAGCAUUGUGGAGCGAAUUAAGAGUUCUGCCGGCGAGACCUUCGUGGAGGGCGAACAGGGGCCUGCGAAACGCGUGAAGAAGGAGACGACAACAUUCAAGGUGGAGGGCGAAGACGAGAUCGUUUUGGAUAAUCUGAAAGUCGACCAGCUCAAGGAAAUGUGUAAAGGUUUCGGCAUUCGAGUCACUGGGAAGCGAAAGGAUGAACUGAUCCAAGCCCUCAAAGACCAUCAGGCAGCUGCUUGA